GGAGCCUCGUCUUAAUUCGGACGCGGAGAGGUUACUACGCGGGUUUCCCUUUCGACGUUUGAAAACGCUCGCGAGCUAAAAAGAAAAUUGUAGCUUUACGUUUAUCAAUAACGUAUUAUAAAACCCGCCUAGAGAUACAGUCUAGCCAGCGCUAUAGUUAUUCUUAAGGCCUAAAAGAGAAGGACUGGCGCCGAGCCAGGGGCGGGCGUCAUGAAGCUCACGGACAAUGUGCUGCGGAGUUUUAGGGUCGCGAAGGUUUUCCGGGAGAAUUCGGAUAAAAUCAACUGCUUUGAUUUUAGCUCGAACGGCGAGACUGUAAUUUCCAGUAGUGAUGAUGACUCCAUCGUCUUGUACGACUGCCAGGAGGGAAAACCCAAGCGAACCCUCUACAGUAAGAAGUAUGGCGUUGAUCUAAUCCGCUACACGCACGCAGCUAACACCGUGGUCUACAGCUCUAAUAAAAUCGAUGACACCAUUCGAUACCUGUCUCUCCAUGACAACAAGUACAUUCGAUAUUUCCCUGGACACAACAAAAGAGUUGUGGCUCUCUCCAUGUCCCCAGUCGAUGACACCUUCAUCUCGGGCUCCCUGGACAAAACCAUUCGGCUCUGGGAUCUCCGCUCGCCAAACUGCCAGGGACUGAUGCACUUACAAGGAAAGCCAGUCUGCUCUUUCGACCCAGAAGGGCUGAUUUUUGCAGCUGGUGUGAACUCUGAGAUGGUCAAGCUGUACGAUCUGCGAUCAUUUGACAAGGGCCCCUUUGCCACUUUCAAACUCCCCUUGGACCGGAACUGUGAGUGGACUGGCCUUAAAUUCAGCAAUGACGGGAAGCUGAUCCUUGUAUCCACAAACGGAGGAGCUCUCCGCCUCCUUGAUGCAUUCAAGGGGGCAGUGCUUCACUGUUUUGGGGGCUACAACAACAGCAAAGGGGUCACUCUUGAGGCAUCCUUUACUCCAGACUCACAGUUCAUUAUGAUUGGGUCGGAGGAUGGCAAGAUUCACGUGUGGAACGCGGAGAGUGGUAUGAAGGUGGCACUGCUGGACGGAAAGCACACAGGACCAGUGACUUGCCUACAGUUCAAUCCCAAAUUCAUGACCUUUGCCAGUGCCUGUUCUAACAUGGCAUUCUGGUUACCCACGAUUGAUGACUGAGACUACCCGUCUGAGAGGACCGUCUCCCCUAUUGCUGCAAGAGACAUCGCAGUGCCACCUUCUGAGCCAGCAGGGGCAGUAUUCCCUCCCCUAUGCUGUGCCUGGGAUUUGGCGUCUGUGCCUCACUUAGGCUAAUAGGGGUUGUUUGUAAAUAAGGAGGGGAGGGGGAUUUUUUUUAUUUUUUCAAUUAAAAUGUUUUUGAUUUUA